CUUUCUCCUUCUCCUCUCUCGAACCCUAGACCUAGAUCCAGGGUCUCUUUCUCUUACAAAAAGUUUUCUCAAUUUAUUUUUUUAAAAUUUAUUAUUAUUAUUUUGGUUUAAUUUCACAGAAUUCUCAGUCGCUCCUCCAUUCUCAAUAUUCUCCAAAACCCUAAACUAAAAACCCUCUUAUCUCUCUCUCUGUGCUAAAAAGGAAGAAGAUGGGUGAAGUGAAGGACAACGAGUACGAGGAAGAGCUAGUGGACUUCGAAGACGAUGACCCUAAAGCCCUCGACUCCGCCUCUGCCAAACCUGUUUCUGAUUCUGCCAAGAGGGGCUAUGUUGGGAUUCACAGUUCUGGAUUCAGAGACUUCCUGUUGAAACCAGAGCUUCUUCGAGCUAUUGUGGAUUCGGGAUUUGAACAUCCAUCAGAAGGUAAUUACUACUUCCAUAUUCAUGAUUUGGGCCAGAAAACUGGUUUGAUAGCCUUUCCAUUAAAAGGAUCUGGAAGGUCAUUUAUACUUACUGAGGAUUCGUCUCCUACAAUUUUCUUUGGUCUUCAUUAGUGCAACAUGAGUGCAUACCACAAGCUAUAUUAGGAAUGGAUGUCAUCUGUCAAGCGAAAUCUGGGAUGGGGAAAACUGCUGUCUUUGUUCUAUCCAGUCUUCAGCAGAUUGAACCUGUUGCUGGUCAAGUUGCUGCUCUUGUUCUUUGCCACACAAGAGAACUAGCUUAUCAGAUCUGUCAUGAAUUUGAGAGGUUCAGUACCUAUUUGCCUGAUAUAAGGGUUGCUGUCUUCUAUGGUGGUGUCAAUAUCAGGAUUCACAAGGAUAUGCUGAAAAAUGAAUGUCCUCAUAUUGUUGUUGGAACACCUGGAAGAAUAUUGGCUCUGGCAAGGGAUAAAGAUCUUGGAUUGAAGAAUGUGAGGCAUUUUAUUCUUGAUGAGUGUGAUAAGAUGCUAGAAUCACUGGACAUGAGGAGAGAUGUGCAGGAGAUCUUCAAGAUGACUCCUCAUGACAAGCAAGUUAUGAUGUUUUCAGCAACUCUCAGUAAAGAGAUCCGCCCUGUUUGCAAAAAAUUCAUGCAAGAGCCAAUGGAAAUUUAUGUUGAUGAUGAGACCAAGUUGACUCUUCACGGUCUUGUACAGCACUACAUUUUAUUGAAGGAGGCAGAGAAAAACCGCAAAUUGAAUGAUCUUCUUGACGCAUUGGACUUCAAUCAGGUUGUCAUUUUUGUUAAGAGUGUGACCAGAGCUGCUGAGCUGAACAAGUUACUUACCGAGUGUAACUUCCCCUCUAUCUGUAUCCAUUCAGGAAUGGCACAGGAGGAGAGGUUGAAACGUUAUAAGAAUUUCAAGGAGGGACAAUCAAGAAUUCUUGUGGCAACAGAUUUGGUAGGAAGGGGGAUUGAUAUAGAGCGUGUUAACAUAGUCAUCAACUAUGAUAUGCCAGAUUCUGCCGAUACAUACCUGCACAGGGUGGGCAGGGCUGGUAGAUUUGGGACUAAGGGGCUUGCAAUUACAUUUGUCUCAUCUGCAUCUGACUCCGAUGUUCUUAAUCAGGUUCAGUCAAGGUUCGAGGUGGACAUAAAGGAGCUUCCUGAGCAAAUUGAUACUUCAACUUACAUGCCAUCAUGAUGGGUUGGUUUUUCGGUCAAGAGCGGACCAAUCUGCAAUUAAAUUAGAGGAUGAUAUUAGCGGGCAGUUGUGUUUUAGUCAUAAUGUAGAAUAUUCAUAUUCAGCAGAGGAUUACAUUUCUUUUUGAGGAUUAUACUUUCUUCCUUUGUUUUGGAGCAUGUAAUUCUGAGCCUAGCUAAAUUGCCUGUAUGAUGUUAUGCUAUCAGUACUAAUUUCCUAGAUGUACGGUAUUGAUUUUGAUUUUUUGUUAUUUUUAGUCCUCAAGUAAUGCUAUUGGUACUAACUAUUAAAUA